UCUGAUCCUGCAGGAUGAACUGUGGUUUUGUACAGUAAAUAUUAAGUGUCUUUCAAACCCAUUGAGUGUCGAGCUUUUGACAUGUCUGUCUUUCCCUGUUUAGUUGACAGAUGGAGUGAGGAGAAUAACAGCAUAAUUUCUAGGUGGAAGCAAAAUGAACGAAGCCCUGAGCCAAAUCAGGAUGUUCAGAAACGAUGCUAUUCAGAAAGCCUCAAACUGCAUCAGAAAAUUCAAGGCAUACCAGCAGCUACUGAACGACUCAAGCUUGAAAUGACAGUUUCAUACAACAGGUUUUUAUUCUCACUGGGCUUCUCUAUACCAAGUGAGAUAGAGGAAAGUCUCACUCACACUUUAUUAAGAGCUUUAGAGGCUGUUGGACCUCAGGUUCCCACUUCUGAUCCAGUUAUGUUGUGGCAGGUUGUUCUACAGACUUUUGGCACCUCAGUCUAUGUGCCAUAUGUCCACAAACUUCUGUUGAUCCAGUGGAUGCUUUGGCUUAUGCAGUGUCAGUUAGAUAACAUUCUUGCUCUUCUGAAACAGACUAAUAACAAGAAAGAGCUCUCAGCACCUGUGAAUCUACAGAUAGUAAUCAGAAACCUUGCUUUGACCAUGGAAGAGGACUCCUUUCUAAUGGUUGCCAUGGCAGCAAAGGACCUCAAGGAUCUUUUGCACAUCUGCACCGUUAUUGCCCAAGACUUUGGUUUUAAUGGGAUCAAUGGUUUUCAUCAAGGUGGAGGUCGUAGGCAUCGUACCGAGCCCUUGCAUGCAGGAGGCGGCAGGAGGAAAGUACAGGAUCCUCCAGUGGUACAUGAGCUUAAAGUGUCUCUAGAGGAGAUCUUCCAUGGAUGUACCAAGCGGAUGCGAAUCACUCACCAACGGGUGAACCCAGACAGAAGGACAAUGAGGACAGAGGACAAGAUCCUUAACAUUGUCAUCAAGAGGGGCUGGAAGGAAGGGACCAAGAUCACCUUUCCCAAAGAGGGUGAUGAGACACCUGAGAACAUUCCUGCUGAUAUUGCAUUUGUUCUCAAGGACAAAGGGCAUCCACUCUUCAAAAGAGAUAGCGCCAACAUUAUUUAUACAGCCAAGAUCAGUCUUAAGGAGGCAUUGUGUGGCUGCACAGUGAACAUUCCCACCAUCGACAACCGAGUAAUCCCAUUGCCCUGCAACGAUCUCAUCAAACCAAGCACAAUCAAGAGACUGCGUGGGGAAGGCCUUCCUUUCCCAAAAAAUCCAUCCCAGCGUGGGGAUUUGAUAGUGGAGUUCCAGGUGCGCUUCCCAGACAGAAUACCACCCCAGUCUAGAGAGAUCAUCAAACAGCACCUACCCCAGUCUUAGAGAAAUUGUAGGAGACUGGCUUGUGCUUUUUAUUUUUCAAAUACACUUUUCCCCAAAAAAAUUAUGACACUGAAUAUGAAGAGUGGAAAAUGUGACAGAAGGAGGCUCAUUUGAUAUUUUGAUAAAUUUUUACUUAAUUUAUUGUGUGGAAGAACACUGACUUUCUGGGGGUAUUUUACACGGUUUGUUAUCCUGAGGCCUGUGGCUUUUCUUCCAGGACUUGUAUUUGAUUUUGAAGAAUAGUCUUUCAUUAUUUUCCAGAAACAUUCUUAUUCUGUUCAUCAACAUCUUGAACGCAAAAUAAUACAAGAAAAACGACUGAUUUAUUGGAUGGAAGGUUGUGAUAGUUUUGGUUUUAUAUUGGUGAUGAGGACAAUAACUGGGUAUUUUUUGGAUCUGCAUUAUUUUUUAUCCAAUUAAACUAAAUUCUGUUGUAAUUGAUAAGCUCAUUUUGAAUUAUGAAAUAUGUAAGAUAACACAGUGCUGAAGUCUUCUGAAUUUUUAGGAUUUAUGAGCACCAGCAUAGAUGUGUGGUAACUACUUUAUAAACUCAGCAAAAAAAAAGAAACGUCCCUUUUUCAGGACACUGUAUUUUAAAGAUAAUUUUGUAAAAAUCCAAAUAACUUUACACAAAUUUAUUGUAAAGGUUUUAAACAAUGUUUUCCAUGUUUGUUCAUUGAACCAUAAUUAAUGAACAUGCACCUGUGGAAUGGACGUUAAGAACCUAACAGCUUACAGACGGUGGGCAAUUGAGGUCACAGUUAUAAAAACUUACAACACUAAAGAGAUCUUUCUGCUGACUCUGAAAAAGACCAAAAGAAAGAUGCCCAGAGUCCCUGCUCAUCUGCGUGCCUUAGUCAUGCUUCAUAGAGGCAUGAGGACUGCAAAUGUGGCCAGGGCAAUACAUUGUAAUGUCCAUUCUGUGAGACGCCUAAGACAGCACUACAGGGAGACUGGAAGGACAGCUGAUAAUCCUUGAUGUGGCAGACCACAUGUAAAAACACCUGCACAGGAUCGGUACAUCCAAAUAUGACACCUGCGGGACAGGUACAGGAUGGCAAUAACAACUGCCAGAAUUAUACCAGGAAUGCACAAUCCCUCCAUCAGUGCUCAGACUGUCUGCAAUAAGCUGAAAGAAGCUGGCCUGAGGGCUUGUAGGCCUGUUGUAAGGCAGGUCCUUACCAAAAAUCACCAGCAACAUCGUCACCUAUGGAUUCAACCCACCUUUGCUGGACCAGACACGACUGGCAAAAAGUGCUCUUCACUGACGAGUCGCGGUUUUGUCUCACCAGGGUUGAUGGUCGGACUCGCAUUUAUCAUCGAAGGAAUGAGCGUUGUAUCAAGGCCUGCACUCUGGAGCGAGAUCAAUUUGGAGGUGGAGGGUCCGUCAUGGUCUGGGGCGGUAUGUCACAGCAUCAUCGGACUGAGCUUGUUGUCAUUGCAGGUCAAUGCUGUGCAUUACAGGGAACACAUCCUCCUCCCACGUGUGGCACCCUUCCUGCAGGUUCAUCCUGACCCUCCAGCAUGACAAUGCCACCAGCAAUGCCACCAGCAAGACAGGAAUGUCAGUGUUCCGCCAUGGCCAGCGAAGAGCCCAGAUCUCAAUCCCAUUGAGCUCUAUGGCUAUGGCCAUUCCCCCAGAAAUGUCCGGGAACUUGCAAGUGUCUUGGUGGAAGAGAGGGGUAACAUCUCACAGCAAGAACUGGCAAAUCUGGUGCAAUCCAUGAGGAGGAGAUGCACUGCAAUACUUCAUGCAGCUGGUGGCCACUCCAGAUACUGACUGUUACUUUUGAUUUUGACCCCCCUUUGUUCAGGGACACAUUAUUCAAUUUCUGUAAAUCACAUGUCUGUGAAACUUGUUCAGUUUAUGUCUUAGUUGUUGAAUCUUUUUAUGUUCAUACAAAUAUUUACACAUGUUAUGGUUGCUGAAAAUAAAAGCAGUUGAAAGUGAGAGGACGUUUCUUUUUUUUACUGAGUUUAUAUCUCCUCUCCCUGACCCACUUCAGCAGUCUACAUGUGCUUUCUUGUAGUUUUUGAAGUAACAGGUGCUGCCAUUAAGGUAAACCUUU